AUGUAUUAUUUAAACCACCAUCAAGCAUUGCGCUGCUACGCCUGUGGUCUAACGCAAUCGUCCGGUGACCCCCGGUGCGUCACGGAGCCAGGGAGUGUCGAGGGCCAGAGUGUCGUCACCUGCUCGCGGAAGUACUGCACCAUCACCCGGCAGGAGUUGGUGGAUCCGCCCGGGAAGUUGGUAACUUUCCUGCGAGGCUGCGAGGAAAAUCCACUGUAUCUGGACGAGGUGCUGGAGGAUCCGACCUUCAUCACGUACUAUCGAUCGUGCACCACGGAUCUGUGCAACAACGGCGACGCCCUCGGCUCUUCCGGCUCCGCCCUGACCGGCCUCAACGAGGGCGCGUCGGAGAAUCUGCUCGUCCCCGGACUGGCCGGUAGCACCGGGCCGGCGUCCUUUGAGCUGGCGCUGCUCAUUAAAAUCACAUCACUGUCCCUAUCGGCGGCACGCAUCUUCGCAUAG